AUGAUUGUAAUAGCUGAUCUACAAAAUAAUCAUAUUGUAAUUCAGCAUAAAAGAUGUGAAGAUUUUGUGGCUAGUUCUGGUAAAUGUUUAGAUACAUGUACUAAAAAUUUUUAGAAUAAUUUUUUGUGUACUAAAAAUUUUUAGAAUAAUUUUUUUGUGGAGGGAUUCAAUUUAGCAAUUGUAAUAAUUCUAAAUAUUGUUUAAAUGCUUUAACUAUUAAUGAAUAAUGCUAUGAAAUAUUAUCAACGAAAAAAAUGUUUGAGUUUUUUUUGA